AUGGCUUCUCAAUCGGCUCUUCAACGAUCUCUCGAAUCAUACAAAACUACUAGCUCCCUCCAAGAUUUCCACAGUCUACACGACAAAGUGGUGCUACAAAUUAAAGCUCAUUGUCUUUCAGGAGGUGGAGAUGGUAUUGGACUCGCUUUGGUCAAGGCCGUCGCAGAGUUCGGUAGCCAUGUCGCGGUAAUCGGUCAGCGGGAGAUACCCCAUCCAGAACUGCAAGAGAUCCAAGGCAUGCACGAGAAGAUACAAGUGAAAUAUUUCUGCGCCGAUGUCGCCCAAGAGUCGCUAUUGACAAAAGCAUUCGACCAAAUCUUGUCGGAUUUUGGAAGGAUUGAUGGCGUGAUAGCUUGCGCUGGAAUCUGCGUCGAAAAGACAUUUGUCGAACAUACAUGGGAAGAGGUGGUUCGAUUGCAAAUGGUUAAUAGCGUUGGACUCUUUUUCACUGUACAACUAGCCGUCAAAGCGAUGCUACAAAACCGGCCGGGACCCGAUGAUCACACACCAAAGGGCAGCGUUAUUCUCAUCGGGAGCAUCGCGACAGAUAGCGGAGUUGAGAGUCAGGGACUAACAGCCUAUUCGGCAUCCAAGGGUGCAGCCAAGGGUCUUCUUCACAGCCUAGCGGUUGAGCUGGCGCCGAAGGGAAUUCGUGUCAAUAUGAUCUCCCCGGGCCACACCAUUACCGACAUGUCAGUCAGUCAGUGGAAAACUCGCCCGGAGCUGGAGACUGUCAUGAGGAAUGCAGUGCCGAUGGGGAGAAUGGCCGACCGCAGAGAUCUAAAAGGUGCCGCUGUCUACUUUUUGUCAGAUGCAUCGCUAUAUACGACCGGCAGUAAUCUAGUCAUUAGCGGUGGGAUCCAUGCUGGAAGACUCUAA